CAUAUUCAAGGGAAAAAGAUAACUAGGGUUAUGCCUUAUGUGAUUACUCCUCUGCUGAUUGAUCUUUCUUUGCUCUAUGAUCUUCCAACCUUUUAAAAGUGGGUUUUUAAGGGGUGGAUCUUGAUGAACCUGUAUUUGCAGAGUCGUUAAAGUCUUCUACUUUAACAUCUAGAGGCAAAAGCAAGAAAAACAAUCGAACAACCACUGAACCACAACAAGAACAAGAAGAUUUCUGUUACGUAUGGCAGGUCCAAGUGGUGAAGAGAAAGCAAGGAACAUGGUCUCAUCCACUGGCUAUUGUUACUCAGAUGUUUCCUCAAAUAACCCAAAUAUUCAAACCCAUCUGGUGAAUCAGUUGCAAAGCUUGUCUAACCCAGAGAUCUACCAUUUGACCACGGGCAUGGAGAUGAUAGGGUUUCCACCAAAGAAUCUGCAGCAACAGAUUGACAACUCGGUCGUGUGGAAAGGGUUCUUCGGAAAGUCCGGCAACCACCACCAGGGUGCUUCGUCGUCUUCAAAGUCGAUGACAGAGCCAACAACUAGUAACUUUUAUCAGCAGGAUUUCACUGCAGAUGCAACAAAUGAGAACGUGAUGAUUACACCAGAUUCAUCAGCCUGGAAUCAGGAACAUAGAUUGCUUGUUGAUGAUCAAUCUUUUAGGUGUGUGUUUCCUUGUGAAGGAAAUGAAAGGCCAAGUCAAGGUCUCUCACUGUCUCUCAGUUCAAGCAAUCCUUCCAGUAUUGGGUUGCAGUCAUUUGAACUGAGACAAGACGAUGUCAGGUUUGGUCCUUCAAGUUCAAGAGAUGGGUUCUUUGGAAAAUCCAUUAACAUACAACAGCAACAAAUGUUUCAAGAUGGGUUUUUGGGAAAAGCUGCAAAUCCUCAUCAUCAAGGCCACUUUCAUAUGAGGAGCUCCAAGUACAUGGGUCCUGUCCAGGAACUGCUGAAUGAGUUCUGUAACCUUGGAACAAAGCAAAAUGAUAAUACGCACAAGAUAAAGCACCACAAGACCAAUCAGUGGCCGGAUGAGAGUGCAAGCAGUUCAAAAAAGCAGUCUUUGUGUUCCCUUGAACUCCUAGAAUUGCAGAAAAGAAAAACAAAGCUUCUUCAAAUGCUAGAAGAGGUGGAUAGAAGAUUCAAGCACUAUUGUGACCAAAUGAAGGCCGUCGUGUCAUCCUUUGAAGCGGUGGCUGGACAUGGCGCUGCAAAAGUGUAUUCGGCAUUAGCUUCGAAGGCCAUGUCAAGGCAUUUUAGAUGUCUGAGAGAUGGGAUUGUAGAUCAGAUUAAAGCCACCAAGAACGCAAUGGGGGAGAAGGACACCGUCGCUCUCGGGGCGACACGAGGCGAUACACCGAGGCUUAGACUUCUUGAUCAAACUCUAAGGCAUCAGAGAGCCUUUCAGCAAAUGAGCAUAACGGAGAGUCAUCCAUGGAGACCCCAACGUGGCCUUCCCGAGAGAUCGGUGUCUGUUCUUCGGGCUUGGCUCUUUGAGCACUUUCUUCACCCGUACCCAAGCGAUGUAGAUAAACACAUAUUAGCCCGACAAACUGGUCUCUCUAGAAGCCAGGUGUCCAAUUGGUUCAUCAACGCAAGAGUGAGGCUAUGGAAACCUAUGGUGGAAGAGAUGUACUUAGAAGAAACAAAGGAGCAAGACAACAUGGACUCGUCGGACGGAAUUACAGCCGUUGAUGACAAUGGUGGCCGGCGGAAUCAGAACUCUCAAACACUUGUGGAAGAUCAGAAACCAAUCCAAGGCCAACUAGUUCGAAUAGAUUCAGAGUGUCUCUCUUCCAUCAUCAAUAACCCAGAGAGAAAUGACAGCAAAAGCCAUCAAAAUGAGGAACCCCACAACUUGCACCACCACCAACAGCAGCAGAGUUUUGGCCGCGCCACGGACUCAUUUGGUGCUGUGGAAUUGGACUUCUCAUCAUACAAUCAUGAAAACGCCCAUCACCAUUUUGGCGGUGGUGGCGGCGGAGUAUCUCUAACACUGGGUCUACAGCAGCAUGGUGGAAGUGGGGUGAGCUUAGCAUUCUCUCCCACAUCUCAGAGUUCUCUCUUUUACCCUAGAGACCAUAUUGAAGAUUGCCAACCACUUCAGUACUCAAUUUUGGACGGUGAAGGACAGAAUUUGCCUUACAGGAACUUGAUGGGGUCACAGUUGCUCCACGACCUGGCCUAAGAGAGAGAAAAGUAGAAGAAGAUUGAUCAUGGUGUCGAUGAUGUUUUGCAGGAGUUCUUUUCAACGGAUGGUGAUCGUACAACACGUUAUAGAUAAAAGUUUUACAAAUGCUUAGAUAUUCAUAUAUUAAGCUAUAGAACAAUGAAAAUUACUUCCGUGGCUUAUAGUUUGAUUGCUUAGGUUAAUCAGAAGAACCAUUCAAUUACUUAGGCUGGAACCUCCGAAUUGCCGGUGAUUGAUGCAAGAACAUGCAUAUAUUUCUUUCUUGUUUUAGGUAGAUUUGGAGUUCACAAAAAUUUGCCUAUAACACAAGAAGAAUCCUGUGUGUGUGUGUGUGUGUUGCUCUAGUUUCAAUCAUAGGUUCCAUUUCUGUUGGGGCACAUGAAGAUUUUUUGUUUUUGGGUAAAAUAUAUUUUUAAUUCCUAAAGCUGCGUGUAUUGUUUAUUUGAUCCUCAAUCUUUUAAUUG